GGGCGGGCGCGCGCCGAAGCGCGCGGGCGGCUUCGGCUCCGCCCCCGUUCGAAGCCGCCUAUAAAAGCCGCGGCCGGGAGAAGCGCGCUCCCAUUCGGCGGCAGGGGCGGGCCGGGCCGGGCCGUUGUGUGUGUGUGUGCGUGUGCGCCUGCGCUGCGGAGGGGGCGCGGUAGGGGCCAGAGCCGUAGCCGCCGCCGCAGCCGCCGCUCCUCCCGCUCCUCCCGCUCCUCCCGCCGCCCCGCCUCACGGGCCCGCUUCCCCGCGCAGCGUCGGCCGCCGGCCUCGUCACCAUGUUCAGCUGGGUGAACAAGGAUGCGCGGCGCAAGAAGGAGCCCGAGCUCUUCCAGACCGUGGCCGAGGGGCUGCGGCAGCUGUACGCGCAGAAGCUGCUGCCGCUCGAGGAGCACUACCGCUUCCACGACUUCCACUCGCCGGCGCUCGAGGACGCCGACUUCGACAACAAGCCCAUGGUGCUGCUGGUGGGCCAGUACAGCACGGGCAAGACCACGUUCAUCCGGCACCUCAUCGAGCAGGACUUCCCCGGCAUGCGCAUCGGGCCCGAGCCCACCACCGACUCCUUCAUCGCCGUCAUGCACGGCGCGGCCGAGGGCGUGGUGCCGGGCAACGCGCUCGUCGUGGACCCGCGCCGGCCCUUCCGCAAGCUCAACGCCUUCGGCAACGCCUUCCUUAACCGGUUCAUGUGUGCCCAGCUGCCUAACCCCGUCCUGGAGAGCAUCAGCAUCAUUGACACCCCAGGAAUUCUCUCUGGAGAAAAACAGCGUAUCAGUAGAGGUUACGACUUUGCGGCCGUCCUCGAGUGGUUUGCUGAGCGAGUGGACCGCAUCAUCCUGCUCUUCGAUGCCCACAAGCUUGACAUCUCAGAUGAGUUCUCUGAGGUGAUCAAGGCCUUGAAGAACCACGAAGAUAAGAUCCGUGUGGUGCUGAACAAGGCGGACCAGAUCGAGACACAGCAGCUGAUGCGAGUCUAUGGGGCGCUCAUGUGGUCCCUGGGCAAGAUCAUCAACACCCCCGAGGUGGUGAGGGUGUACAUCGGGUCCUUCUGGUCCCACCCCCUGCUCAUCCCAGACAACCGGAAGCUCUUUGAAGCUGAGGAGCAGGACCUGUUCAAGGACAUUCAGUCUCUGCCCCGAAACGCCGCCCUCAGGAAGCUCAAUGACCUGAUUAAGCGUGCCCGGCUGGCCAAGGUCCAUGCGUACAUCAUCAGCUCCCUCAAGAAGGAGAUGCCCAACAUGUUUGGGAAAGAGAGCAAGAAGAAGGAGCUGGUCAACAACCUGGGGGACAUCUAUCAGAAAAUCGAGCGGGAACACCAGAUCUCUCCUGGGGAUUUCCCAAAUCUUCGGAAGAUGCAGGAAUUGCUUCAGACUCAGGACUUCAGUAAAUUCCAGGCCCUGAAGCCAAAGCUCCUGGACACCGUGGAUGACAUGUUGUCCAAAGACAUCGCUCGGUUGAUGGUGAUGGUGCGCCAGGAGGAGUCCCUCAUGCCCUCACAGGCUGUGAAGGGCGGCGCCUUCGAUGGCACCAUGAACGGGCCCUUUGGCCAUGGCUAUGGGGAAGGCGCUGGAGAGGGCAUUGAUGAUGUGGAGUGGGUGGUGGGCAAGGACAAGCCCACCUACGAUGAGAUCUUCUACACCCUGUCUCCUGUCAAUGGCAAGAUUACUGGUGCCAAUGCCAAGAAAGAAAUGGUAAAAUCCAAGCUACCCAACACGGUCCUGGGGAAGAUCUGGAAGCUGGCCGACGUAGACAAAGACGGGCUGCUGGACGACGAGGAGUUUGCCCUGGCCAACCACCUGAUCAAGGUCAAGUUGGAAGGGCAUGAGCUUCCUGCUGACCUGCCCCCACACCUGAUCCCUCCCUCCAAACGGAGGCAUGAGUGACACAGGAGGGGUGUUGCCCGCUCUUACCCCUCAGUGUUUCUUAGCUGAAUCCGAAGCUUUGGGGGAGGGGAAGGGGAUUCCAUUCUCAGCGCUCCCUUGCCAUGUCUAUUCCAUAAAGACCUGACUAACAGAUGGGUUUUUGCAGCUCUCGAAAAGGAAAACCACCAUUUAAAAAACAUUUAUUCCAAGCCUGGUGGGGAGACAGAGGCAGCACUUGUCAAUGUUGGAAUUUUGUGCACAAGAACUACGGAUAUUUUUAAUAUAUGAAGUUAGAGGCAGUAUUCUUUCUUGCUCCCUACCUACCCUGUGUGUGCAUCCCACCCGCACCCCUACGGAGCCCAACAGAAGAGACCCUGCCAGGCUCCCUCCCUCUGGCUGUUUAUACAGUUCACCCAAAGAGCCAGACCCCAGGGCCUAUGGAGGUAGCUUCCUUUUCCCCCCCUCUGGCCCAGAGUCCUUUCCUGAGGCUGUUGGUCUGAGCCUCCUCUAGGCCAGCCGUGACCACGGGUCAGACACCAGCGAGUUGGGGGGGAUGGGAUGUCUUGUCCUGUGCAGCAGACCUCUGUGGGCACAUGAACAGGCCACCCCUCCCUCUCAGUCCUUGAAUCCACGUGGUACUCGUGCCUUGGCCCCAACGAUGGCCCCCCCACUCAGGCACUAUGGAUUCUUUCCUUUCUUCCCCAGACACCUCACCUGUAUCACACCAGCUUAGAUGCUCCAGGAGCUUCCACCCCACCCUUGGAGGUCCCAGGAGCCCCUGGGUUAUGUCUUCCGAAGAAAAGCAACUAGGGUUGUUUGUUUUUUUUUUUUUUAAUAUACUUGACUUCCAAUUCCUGGAAGUUUCUGGCCACUUUGAGGACAGCUGUGUUCUUGACUCUCUUUCCACAAGCACCACCCUUUGUGAGAACAGCUGUGGCAUCUGGGAAGUCACUGACGGCCCUGUUCUUCAGCUUCAGACCCUUUGAGUGAAGAUGGUACCUCCCCUGGGCCCUCGCCACCCCAAGUGUCCGCUCCUUGGUAUUUGAGAGAGGGCGCAUCGGCAGUGUGCGCUGGGGCACCGGUGCCAGGGCUUCAGGGCAUUGAGGUGGGGCCUGUGCCCGCUCUCCCAUUUUGUUGGGUAGACCGAGGAUUGUCUUUGAGGUGCUGGGCAGGACUAGACAGGAUGGCUUCCCAUCCUUCAGAGGCCCUUUCCCUCGUCCUGUGCCUGUACAUAGGAGGUGAGGGCCUUGGGAGCCUCAAAGGGGUGGCCAUGACCUCCUGAGUCACAGUGGCCCUGAGCUCUCAGGAUCCUGUUCAGAAAGGACAAACUGGCCCCUGCCCAGGCUGGACCUCAGGGAAUUCUCCACCCUGCCCUGCCCAGCCACUUGUCCUCUGUAGAUCCCUGCCUUCUGCCGGGUAUAGAACCUCCAGAACAUGGUGGCAGUGUGAGUUCCAGCUGAACUGGCCACCUCAUUCCAUAAGAUUGUGUGGGCAGAGACUGCUGGGGGGGGGGGGGCAGCGCUCACCUCAUAUUAAAAGGGUCUUAUUUAUACUCACGUGGAAAACCUGAAAAAAAUGAAGAUUUUUUUUCUUGCAUUAAAAAAAGAAAAAUAGUGCGUAA